AUGUACGGCACAUCAACCGGUCCCCAGACCGGCAUCAACACCCCUCGAUCUUCUCAAUCGCUGCGCCCUCUUAUCCUCUCACAUGGCUCCCUCGAAUUCUCUCUUCUCGUUCCCACCUCGCUCCAUUUCCAUGCCUCGCAGUUGAAAGACAGCUUCACAGCCUCCUUACCCGAGCCCACAGAUGAAUUGGCCUUGGAUGAUGAGCCCUCCUCUGUGGCCGAGCUCGUGGCUCGCUACAUUGGCCAUGUGUCCCACGAGGUGGAAGAAGGAGAGGAUGAUGCCCAGGGCAGUUACCUGGAAGUCUUGAAGCUUAUUCUGAACGAGUUUGAGCGGGCAUUCAUGCGGGGCAAUGAUGUUCACGCAGUGGCUGCCGCGCUUCCUGGCAUUGUCGCCAAGAAGAACCAGGUCGUGGAGGCCUACUACGCCGGACGAGCUGCCGCAGGCCGGCCCACCAAGCCCUAUGACUCGGCCCUGUUCCGGGCUGCCUCCGAAGAUGCCGCAGGUAUCUACACGGUCUUUGGUGGCCAGGGCAACAUUGAAGAGUACUUUGACGAGCUACGCGCCAUCUACACCACCUACCCCUCCUUCGUGGAGGAGUUGAUCACCUCUUCGGCCGAGCUUUUGCAAACCCUCUCACGGGAACCGGAGGCCAGCAAGCUUUACCCUAAAGGUCUGGAUGUCAUCCAAUGGCUCCAGGAUCGGGAUUCUCAGCCGGAUAUUGAUUACCUGGUCUCGGCUCCCGUCAGUCUGCCCUUGAUUGGGUUGGUUCAGCUCGCUCACUACACGGUGACCUGCAAGGUCCUGGGCCGUCAGCCAGGUGACCUCCUCGAGCGCAUUCGAGGAACCACUGGUCACUCACAGGGUGUGGUGACCGCUGCGGCCAUUGCCACAGCUACUAGCUGGGAGUCCUUUGCCCAGGCGGCAAAGAAUGCCUUGACCAUGCUGUUCUGGAUUGGUCUGCGGAGCCAGCAGGCCUACCCCCGCACCUCCCUGGCUCCCUCGGUGCUCCAGGACUCGAUUGAGAAUGGAGAGGGAUCCCCCACCCCCAUGCUGUCCAUUCGCGAUCUCUCCCGGGCAGCGGUCCAGGAGCACAUUGAUGCCACCAACCAGCACUUGCCGGAAGAUCGUCACAUUGCCAUAUCUUUGGUCAACAGUGCCCGCAACUUCGUUGUGACCGGCCCCCCGAUCUCUCUCUAUGGUUUGAACCUGCGUCUGCGCAAGGUCAAGGCUCCUACCGGCCUAGACCAGAACCGUGUUCCGUUCACACAGCGGAAGGUUCGCUUCGUCAACCGCUUCCUCCCCAUCACAGCCCCCUUCCACAGCCAGUAUCUCACCUCCGCUUAUGAUCGGAUUCUGGAGGAUUUGGAGGAUGUCGAUAUCCCUGCCAGCUCCCUGGUCAUCCCCGUCUUCAACACAAGGACCGGCGAGGAUCUGCGUGAGCUGGGCGACAAGAGUGCCGUGCCCUCUCUGGUCCGCAUGAUUACUCACGAUGCCGUCAACUGGGAGCAGGCCACCGUUUUCCCCGGUGCCACCCACAUUGUGGACUUUGGCCCCGGUGGCAUUUCGGGCCUGGGUGUCCUGACUAACCGCAACAAGGACGGUACCGGUGUUCGUGUCAUCCUUGCUGGUGAGAUGGACGGUACCAACGCUGAGGUUGGCUACAAGCCGGAGCUUUUUGAUCGUGAUGAGCACUCGGUGAAGUUUGCCGUUGACUGGGUCAAGGAACACGGUCCCCGUCUCGUACAGACCUCCACCGGUCAGACCUAUGUCGACACCAAGAUGAGUCGCCUGCUGGGUAUCCCUCCUGUCAUGGUGGCCGGUAUGACCCCCACCACUGUCCCAUGGGACUUUGUGGCCGCCACGAUGAAUGCUGGCUACCACAUUGAGCUGGCUGGCGGCGGUUACUACAACGCCAAGACCAUGACCGAGGCCAUCACUAAGAUUGAAAAAGUUAUUCCUCCUGGUCGUGGUAUCACAAUCAACCUGAUCUACGUCAACCCCCGGGCCAUGGCCUGGCAGAUCCCUCUGAUCGGCCGUCUGCGUGCCGAGGGCGUGCCUGUCGAGGGUCUUGCCAUUGGUGCAGGUGUGCCUUCUAUCGAGGUCGCCAAUGAAUACAUUGAGACUCUUGGUAUCAAGCACAUCGCCUUCAAGCCUGGCUCCGUCGACGCCAUUCAGCAAGUCAUCAACAUUGCUAAGGCCAACCCCAAGUUCCCUAUUAUGAUGCAGUGGACUGGUGGCCGUGGUGGUGGUCACCACUCAUUCGAGGACUUCCACCAGCCGAUCCUCCAGAUGUACAGCCGGAUCCGCAAGCAAGACAACAUCGUCAUUGUUGCUGGUAGUGGUUUCGGUGGCGCCGAGGACACCUACCCCUAUCUCUCUGGUACCUGGUCUGCCAAGUUUGGCUACCCUCCCAUGCCCUUUGACGGAUGUCUCUUCGGUAGUCGCAUGAUGAUCUCCAAGGAAGCCCACACCUCCAGGAACGCAAAGAAGGCCAUUGCCGAUGCUCCUGGUGUGGACGACGCAGAGUGGGAGAAGACCUACAAGCAGGCCACUGGCGGUGUGAUCACCGUCUUGUCUGAGAUGGGUGAGCCUAUCCACAAGCUGGCCACUCGGGGUGUCCUGUUCUGGCAGGAGAUGGACCAGAAGAUUUUCAAGCUCGACAAGGCCAAGCGUGUCCCUGAGCUCAAGAAGCAGCGCAACUACAUCAUCAAGAAACUCAACGAUGAUUUCCACAAGGUGUGGUUUGGUCGCAACGCUGCCGGGGAGACAGUGGAUCUUGAGGACAUGACCUACGCUGAGGUGGCUCACCGCAUGGUGGAUCUCAUGUACGUCAAGCAUGAGUCCCGAUGGAUUGAUGAUUCCCUCAAGCGUCUCACUGGUGACUUCCUCCGUCGUGUUGAGGAGCGAUUCACCACCGCCAAUGGCCAGGCCUCGCUGCUUCAAAACUACUCCGAGUUGAACACUCCCUACCCCGCAGUGGACAACAUCCUGGCUGCGUACCCUGAGGCUGCCUCCCAACUGAUCAACGCGCAAGAUGUCCAGCAUUUCCUGCUGCUGUGCCAGCGUCGCGGACAGAAGCCCGUUCCCUUCGUCCCCUCGCUCGAUGAAAAUUUCGAGUAUUUCUUCAAGAAGGAUUCGCUGUGGCAAAGUGAGGAUCUGGAGGCUGUUGUUGAUCAGGACGUUGGCCGUACCUGUAUCCUUCAGGGCCCUAUGGCUGCUCGUUUCUCUAACAUCAUUGAUGAGCCCGUUCAGGACAUUCUUGAUGGUGUUCACAAUGGUCACAUCGCCGGUCUGCUUCGCGAUGUCUACGGCGGUGACAAGAGCAAGAUUCCUGUGAUCGAAUACUUUGGUGGCAAUCUGGCCACUGCGGAGGAUGAGGCCGAAGUCGAGGGUCUCACCAUAUCUGACGAGGCCAGCAAGACCAGCUUCCGUCUUUCAUCUUCCUCUGCCGAUCUGCCUGAGCUGGACCGCUGGCUACGUCUUUUGGCUGGUGAUUCCUACUCCUGGCGUCAUGCCUUGUUCAUGGCCGAUGUUUUCGUUCAGGGUCACCGUUUCCAGACCAACCCCUUGAAGCGAAUUGUCGCUCCCACCCCUGGUCUCUUUGUGGAAAUCACUAACCCCAAGGAGCCCGCCAAAUCCGUCAUUAGUGUGCGCGAGCCUUAUCAGUCCGGCAAGCUCGUCAAGACUGUCGAGGCCAAGAUGAAUGAGAACGGUCAGAUUAGCCUGACUCUGUUUGAAGGCCGCACUGCCGAAGGUGGUGUUGUCCCUCUGACCUUCCUCUUCACCUACCACCCCGAGACCGGAUACGCCCCCCUGCGUGAGGUCAUGGGCGAUCGCAAUGAUCGCAUCAAAGAGUUCUACUACCGCAUCUGGUUUGGUAACAAGGAUGUUCCUUUCGAUACCCCGACGACCGCCACCUUCAGCGGUGGUCGUACCACCAUCACUUCUCAGGCUGUCGCCGACUUCGUCCAUGCUGUCGGCAACACUGGUGAGGCCUUUGUUGACCGUCCUGGUAAGGAGGUCUACGCGCCUAUGGACUUCGCCAUCGUGGCUGGCUGGAAGGCUAUCACCAAGCCCAUCUUCCCCCGCACCAUCGAUGGAGACUUGUUGAAGCUCGUCCAUUUGUCUAACGGCUUCAAGAUGGUUCCAGGUGCUGAGCCCUUGAAGGUCGGUGAUGUCCUCGAUACCACUGCCCAGAUCAACGCUGUGAUCAACCAGGAUUCCGGCAAGAUGGUUGAGGUUUGUGGUACUAUCAAGCGUGACGGCAAGGCUAUCAUGCACGUCACCAGUCAGUUCCUGUACCGCGGUGCGUACGUGGACUACGAGAACACCUUCCAGCGCAAGGACGAAGUGCCCAUGCAGGUUCACCUGGCUACCAGCCGCGAUGUCGCCAUUCUGCGCUCCAAGGAGUGGUUCCGCAUGGAUGAGAGUGAAAUCGAGCUCCUGGGCCAGACUCUCACUUUCCGUCUGCAGAGUUUGAUUCGCUUUAAGAACCAGACUGUUUUCAGCAACGUCCAGACCAUUGGUCAGGUCUUGUUGGAGCUGCCCACCAAGGAGGUUAUCCAGGUGGCGUCUGUGGACUACGAGGCCGGCACUUCUCACGGUAACCCGGUGAUUGACUACCUCCAGCGCAACGGAACUUCCAUUGAGCAGCCGGUCUACUUUGAAAACCCCAUCCCGCUCAGCGGCAAGACUCCGUUGGAGCUCCGCGCUCCGGCCUCCAACGAGACCUACGCUCGUGUCUCCGGUGACUACAACCCCAUUCACGUGUCCCGUGUCUUCUCCAGCUACGCCAACCUGCCUGGUACCAUCACCCACGGCAUGUACAGCAGUGCUGCCGUGCGCAGCUUGGUGGAAACCUGGGCGGCUGAGAACAACAUUGGCCGUGUUCGUGGCUUCCACGUAUCCUUGGUCGGCAUGGUCCUGCCCAACGAUAUGAUCACCGUUAAGCUCCAGCACGUUGGUAUGAUUGCUGGUCGCAAGAUCAUCAAGGUUGAGGUCAGUAACAAGGAGACCGAGGACAAGGUUCUGCUGGGUGAGGCUGAAGUCGAGCAACCCGUGACCUCCUAUGUCUUCACCGGUCAGGGCUCUCAGGAGCAGGGUAUGGGUAUGGAGCUUUAUGCCAGCAGCCCUGUGGCCAAGGAGGUUUGGGAUCGUGCUGAUCGCCACUUCAUCGAGAACUACGGCCUGUCCAUCAUUGACAUCGUCAAGAACAAUCCCAAGGAGCUGACCGUCUACUUUGGUGGUCCUCGGGGUAAGGCCAUCCGCCAGAACUACAUGGCGAUGACCUUCGAGUCCGUGAACGCCGAUGGUUCAAUCAAGUCAGAGAAGAUCUUCAAGGGCAUUGACGAGACCACUGAUUCAUACACUUACCGGUCCCCUACCGGUCUGCUGUCUGCCACUCAGUUCACUCAGCCCGCACUGACCCUGAUGGAGAAGGCUAGUUUCGAGGACAUGCGCUCCAAGGGUCUGGUCCAGCGUGACAGCAGCUUCGCCGGUCACUCCCUCGGUGAAUACUCGGCCCUGGCUGCCCUUGCCGAUGUCAUGCCCAUUGAGAGCUUGGUGUCCGUCGUGUUCUACCGUGGCCUGACCAUGCAGGUCGCUGUCGAGCGUGACGAGCAGGGUCGCUCAAACUACUCUAUGUGCGCUGUCAACCCCAGCCGUAUCUCCAAGACCUUCAACGAGCAGGCACUGCAGUACGUGGUGGAGAACAUUUCUGAGGCGACCGGUUGGUUGCUGGAGAUUGUCAACUAUAAUGUGGCUAACAUGCAAUAUGUGGCCGCUGGUGAUCUCCGCGCUCUUGACUGUCUCACCAACCUUCUUAACUUCCUCAAGGCCCAGAAUAUGGACAUUCCUGCUCUGAUGCAGAGCAUGUCCCUUGAGGACGUCAAGGCCCACCUGGUGAGCAUCAUCCAGGAGUGUGUCAAGCAGACCGAGGCCAAGCCCCGGCCUAUUCAGCUGGAGCGUGGCUUCGCCACCAUCCCGCUCAAGGGUAUCGAUGUGCCCUUCCACAGUACCUUCUUGCGCUCUGGUGUCAAGCCUUUCCGAUCCUUCUUGCUCAAGAAGAUCAACAAGACCACCAUCGAUCCCAGCAAGUUGGUGGGCAAGUACAUUCCCAACGUGACUGCCCGUCCCUUCGAGAUUACCAAGGAGUACUUUGAGGAUGUGUACCGUCUCACCAACUCUCCUCGUAUUGCCUCCAUCCUGGCCAACUGGGAGAAGUACGAAGAGGGCACCGAGACUGCUGCCCGUGCGGCCUAAUGAUGUAUCUUGUGAUUCCCCUUCUCGUCCUUCCUAAUGUGUUUGUUGUUUUCGUGAUAGAAAGACCUUGUUUUGUCUCGGUCGUGAUGUGACAUGUUUCGAAUCUUGGCGGAGUUGUUCUUGCAUGUAUAUGAGUCUUUU